AAACAAGGGAUGUAAACUAGUAGGUGGCAACUCUCCUUGUAUCCCAAUGCCAGUCACUAGACUUGGUGGAUAUAAAGCUUGUCAGGAGCCACCGUUCAGCACAACUUCCCAGGAAAUUAACCAAUCUAAUCAAGAAAGAUGAAGUUCCUCGUAUUCGCCUCCGUCUGCGUUGCAGUCGCUUUCUCGCAGACGAGAAUCCCAGCCAAGCCAUCUGUUCGCAGUCUGGCCGCUGAUGUCCUCAGAGACUUCCAAGGAGCUUGCUUUGGAUCCACCGCCUGCAGAGUAUUCCAAGUAGGCGAAUCUUGGCCUCUGAGCCCCUUCUGUGGCAGAGCCAGCUGCGUGAAGGAAGGAGAGAAACUGAUCGAAAAGGUGGAAGAUUGCGGCCUUAGGCCUAAGGAGUCCCCAGGAUGUAAAAUCGCCAAUGAGGCUGACCUCGAGAAAGCCUUCCCUGACUGCUGCCCCGUCUACGAGUGCCAGGAGGGCGCUACCCUGCAGUACCCAACUGAAGAAGAAAUCCAAGCCGCUGCAAAGGAGGCAGCUGCAGCUGCUGCAAGGGCUGCAGCAGGAGAAGCUCCUCAGGCUCCUCCAGCUGGUGCUGCCUAAGCGUCUGGUUCCGAGGUCCUUUUGACUUGCAGACGUGAUCAGCACAGAGCUUGUCCUUUUACCUGUGAUAAAUCAUCCAUUCUUGGGAGAGAUUACUGUUCAAUUCGUUUACUCGUAAUGAAAGAAAAUCACUCAAAUUUCAAGCAAAAUGCAAUGUAACUCUUCUAGUUUUAUUACGAGUGGAAUUCUAGCAAAAACUUUUACUGUUCUGGAUAUUCUCUUGUUUAAUAAAUAUCAAUAUUUUCUAAAUUUCUAUAGCCAGUCAGUAAUAUCUGUAAACCGUCUGUGAUGCAAUGUGAUCAGUAGUUUAUAUACAUAUUAUAAUUCAUUAUUUAGAUACAAAAAUACAUAAAACAAAAAUGUU